AUGGUGGAAUUGAUUCCGAUAAGGCGAACUUACUCUCACAACCUUCAUCAUGACGAGAUCCUGUUUCCUCCUGGUUUCUCGGCAUCCACGUAUUCCAAACAGACCCACUACCAAGCACCGCCCUUCGCUAUUCCCCAUCCCAGACCGGUUUUCUUUAGUAAUAAUCAGACUGGACUCGAUUCCACCCCGGUCACCACCAUCACUCCGACACUACCCAUCUCCAUCGCCCUCGGGUCUGGGAGCGGCGGCGACUGCAAUUUUGAUGGUAGUGUCGUUGAAGGUGUC